UACUGGCUGUUGCUGUAAAUUUACUGUGGUGUGGAUUAUGAUUACAAGUAUUAUUGCUGCAGCGGGGGCAUUUGCUGGCCUAGGUAUCCAUGCUCGCUCUGCCAGGCUUACCUUAGUGACCAAUCCUCCUGGCCCACCAGGCUUCAAGUAGCGCGCAGGUCGAACACUGGCGGGCCUUUAACUACCAGCCUGAUCCCGUAGCUUCGGCUUGCCCUUCGCCACGCCAAUUCGAGAAAAGGACGACCGACCCUCUGGAUCAAGCAAGAUCUUGACAUCCGAUCGUCCCUCGUUGGUUGGACCCGCGCUGAAGGAGGAAACCCCAGAGAGACAGAGAGACAGAGAGACAGAGAGAGAGAGAUAUUCUAUCUUAGGACCCCUCGUGGACGGCCAUCAAAAAAAGCUGAACAACCCAUUGAGAGACAUCCCGGCAAGGAGGUACAGGACAGGGCAAGACACGACCACAAAGCGUGGAGUGAAGCGGGAGUGGAGUGCAGAGCUGCAGCCAGAGUCUCAGACACAGUCAGAGAGGAAACAUUCGAGAAAUUCCCCUUUGUUCCAUCCAGGCCCCCCUUCAGCGACCGGUCGUCCGCGAACUUUCUUCCGUUCCCUCUAGAAGACGCUGUGUUGCGUUGCGUUGCAUCUUGGUCGGCACGGAUAGUUUUGAAGCUAUCGGAGAAAAAGUCUAUUCUAGAAGACGUCGAACAACCUCGUGCCACGCACCUCGCGAUCUGCCCUCGAAUCUCGAAUCUGGACAGACGAUUGUAGUAGUACCAUCUACUCCCCUCCAGCUGCUUUAUCGUGCAUGAGAAGUUAUCGCAUGCUAGUAUGCCACCGGGUAACAUCAACGACAUCUCCAGACUGAACCUACAAAUCAACUGGUAAAUUGGCUGGAAAGGCUGUAACGCGCCAAUGGGGAACGGCCAGUCUGCUGUGUGCUUCUCAGAUGAAGUGAACCUCAAUCACUUCAGGCUCUUACGAGUCGUCGGAAAAGGGGCCUUUGGAAAGGUCAGAAUCGUGGAAAGGAAAGAUACCGGUUUGACAUUCGCUCUGAAAUAUAUCAGGAAGGAUGAAGUUGUUCGAUCCGAGAGCGUGCGGAACAUACUAAGGGAAAGGCGAAUGCUGGAGCACUUGAACUACCAGUUCAUUUGCAACCUGCGGUAUUCUUUCCAGGACAUCGAAUACAUGUACAUGGUGAUUGACCUGAUGAAUGGUGGGGAUCUUCGGUUCCAUAUUUCACGGAAAACCUUCACGGAGGAGGCUGUACGAUUCUGGAUUGCUGAGUUGGGAUGUGCUUUACGAUAUAUUCACAAACAAGGAAUUAUUCACCGAGACAUCAAGCCAGAUAAUGUUCUGCUCGAUUCGGAAGGCCAUAUUCAUUUGGCGGAUUUCAACGUUGCAUCUGACUUUACUCCUGGAAAGCCAUUAACAAGCAAGUCCGGAACUCUGGCAUACCUUGCACCAGAAGUUUACAAGGGAACGGGAUACACUGACGGAGCAGACUGGUGGUCAUUAGGAGUCUUGUUCUAUGAAUGCAUAUACAACAAGAGACCCUUCGAAGGCAGCACGCAAAGCACCUUGGCAGUGCAGAUCACGAAAGCCAAUCCCAAAUUCCCAGUCACAGAUCCCCCUGUUUCAAUGCCGUGUCUACAUGCAAUCAGUUCGUUCCUUGAGGAGGAUCCAACAAAACGUAUUGGUUCCGCAAGUUUCUACAGUUUCACAGACAACCCCUUCUUCCGGCCCAUAGAUUUUGAGGCUCUGGAGAGGAAAGAGAUAGAGCCUGUCUUUGUACCGUCAUCUGAAAAGACCAACUUCGACGCCACAUAUGAUCUCGAGGAGUUGCUUUUGGAGGAAGCGCCACUAGAGGCUCGGGCUCGUCGACAAAAACCAAGAGAACAGCUCAAGGACGAUGCUACGGAGAAGGAAAUUCGGGAGGACGAGCUUUAUAAGAUGAUCGAAGUGCAGUUCACACCAUUUGAUUACACAACCGCUGCGUAUGAAAGGUUCGUCGAAGCCUCUGAUCCAAAUGCCCCAACGAACGCCGCUCCUUCGGACUGGACACAACCUCCCCCUAUCCCAAGCGAGCCAACCUCCAGCAUAGGUCGAGCGAUCAGCAAGACUUCCUCGCGGAAAAGGUCAAAGUCAAAAUCCCAAGCAUCAUCGGUCUCAGGAUCCCCGCCCUCGAUGCCUUCGCAACAUCCACCACCUCUUCCCAAUGGACAGCCAAGUUCAAUUUCAAGGUCACAGGGCCGCCAGGGUCCUGGUCAACCUCCUCCUCUUUCGCCUUACCAGCCAUCAUACAGCCGUUCGCAGCGACCCACAGGAACCCGAAAGGAAUCGAUGGGUGGCGGUAUGCAAGUGGUAUUAGGCGAGACGGGCAGCUGGUCUGAUUUGGCCAAGAACGAUACAACUUUACCUGCGGAUGCCAAGCUUGAGGUCGCUCCAAAGCCAACAGGAAUGCUCUCGUUCCUGGGAAGGAAAAAGGGCAGAGGCCACAGCCCGAAGCCGCAGGAGCGUGGAAUUCUUGGCAAAGAGGGUGCCAGAGUCGUGAUCAGCAGCGGGGAAUGAUUGGAAGAAGCAAAAAGCCGAAAUGCCAGCAUAGAGAAAUGAGGAUACGGCCGUUCAUCUCAACAAAAUAUAGACAGAAGCAACAGAGUGCUAUCUGAAAAUACAGAGGAGGAGACGAAAAAUGCAAAUUUAGGAGGCACUUUUCCAGCAUAUAUCUUGGGUGGGUCGGUGUAUCGAGGCAGCAGUGGUCAGAUCAACAGUCAUUUAUGCAUUGCGAGGUUAGGUCAGGGUCAGGUUCGGCACGGUCUGAACACACAAGCAAGCGGGAGUUCGUCUAGUAAUUUAUGGUCAUUGGGACGGAGCCUGUGUAUGUUUCUCCUCCCUCGUUGAUUGAGGUUCGGAAUGAGAUGCGGGCAGGCUGGAGAGCACAUGCGGUGAUGGAACGGAGGAGUAAGCACGCGAGCCAGGGCCAUCUUGGGCCUUUACACCCAUUCUCUCGUGGGAGGAUACAUUGAAGAGUACGACUGCGGCCCUUGGUCAAAGACAUGAUGGUACGUAGCGACGUCAAAAGUAGUGGGUAAGGGGGUGGGUGUGUAGCAAAGUGUGUAGAUAUGAUACCAAUAUUUGAUUUUCUCCUCUUAAC